AAACCAACUUUCAUCACCAUGUCCGUCUUGUCCGUAUUGUCCGUCAUGGAGGAUCCGGAGGAGCACAGGUUCAUCGAUCAUCGACAUUUACCACCCUUCUGAACAACGCAACGCGACCUCUUGACCGGUGACCUCAAAGAGUCAAAACAGUUCAGAUUUCUGUACCAUGCCGCCGAACAACACCAACCGACCGACCGACCUCAGACCUUCGGAUACUUCUGAAUCCUGAUCUCGAACAAGCGUGGAACAAGCGUGGAACUGGCAAUAGGGAACAAUCUACAUGGAUUUGGCAUUUCAGAGAUUACACGAGAUUACUAAGGAAAGCAUUGCGGAUACUAUCGGAUACUAUGAUACUAUGGGCGGCUUGGAUACUACUAUGGCGGCUUUUGGUACUCUUUUGGUGAUGUUGAUGAUGAGGUUGACCACCCCAACACAAGCCGAAGUUGAUGUCACUACUACCAUCUCAGUUAAGUAUCUAACUCUGCACUACUGUAAUUUCGAUCAAAGGAGCCAGAGCCGUGUAUUUCGACCUAUUUCGACUCCGAAUACCAGGCUCUACCAGGACAUAAUAUCCAAGUAUCCGAGUCCCGUACUCCCCCGACUGCACCCCUCUGCACCCUCUAGAAAGAAAGAAAAAAUCCGUUCUGAGCUCGCUGCUCGAGGUCGAGUCCCUUCCGACUCGGAGUCGAUGUCCCGUGACGUGAUGUGUCCCGACUCAGUUUCGAGAGGUUUCGAGUUCGCGGAUGGAGUACAAGUACAAAUUCCUGCACGAUCCGGCGUACUGGGUCUCCGAAAAUCGCAGCAGCGAAACUACUAG